AUGAUAUUAAAUAAUCUCAAAAAAACAUUCCCAAGAUCAAAAACAUAUUAUAUUACUUCAUUAUCUCUACUUGUUGGUUCAAUUUUUUUAAUGGAUAAAUUCCUCUCAGGAUCAUAUUAUGAUUACCUUCAAUAUCACAAAAAUAAAAAAAUUGAAAAAAAUAAUGCAAUUGAAGAUUUGGCAAGAGAUAGAAUAAGAAAGAGAAAGGAAGAAGAGGAAAAAUUAAGAAAAGAACAAGAACAACAACAAAAUAAAAAAUAA